AUGAGUAGUGUAAUAUGCUCAGUUAGAGGGCGUCACAAUAACUGGAAGAAGAGGCAUAUUUUGCUUGAACAGCAGUGUUACGAACACAACAACAAACAGUCAGAGUGUUAUGGGGUACCAUAUAACUCACCUCCACCACCUUCCAAAGAAGAGGACCUGCGUCUGUGGCCAAAGUCGCUACGUUUAAAACCUCCACAUGUCUGCUCUUACCAUUUUGUGGAGGAGAAACCAACACCAGAACAUCCUUUCCCAGAGAAAUGGCUCGGUUAUGAAGCUCCAGUGAAGCGGACACGUCGGGUGCUUGUGAGACUGUCAGGAGCUUUUGGAACAGAGUGGAGUGUGAAGUACAACCAACAGGAAAUAUGUGCUUUAAAAGGAUCCACAGUGUUUAUGAAUGGAACUUAUACUCACCCAGAACAUCUUACAGUGAAAGAGACUUUCUGGACUGUAGACCUAGAUAAGAAGCCUGAUCUGAGUAAAGACCCAGAUUAUUCAGGCAGAGUCGAUAAUUUAACUGAUGAACAGAAACACUUCUCCCUCAAACUGAGUGAUGUAAUGAAGAAGGAUGAGCAUCAGUACUACUUCAGAAUCAAAACAAAUGUAGAAUAUGAAAAAUGGGUGGGUUUACCUGGAGUUCAGCUCAGAGUUACAGAGAUCCAUGUAGAAACUCCUGAAGAAGAUGAUGUCCUCUACAGCACUGUUACACACAGUCCUGUAGAGGCUGCUGCUUCUGCUGACUCUGGAGCUGCUGAUGUUCUUAAUGCAACAGUCGGGAUUCAGAAUGAUGAUGUGACCAGCACUGACCAGCAGGAGGAGCCCCAAUAUGCCAGUCUUACAUUCCUCCACCGAACUGCUGCCACUGGGGUCAUUACAGAGUGUUAG